UUCAAUUUUAUUAUUAUUGAUAAAUAAUAAAAGCAUGAGAACCUAACCUAACAGGCACUAAAAAUAAUCAAGUUGAUCGUGUACCAUUUAACGUUUCAAAAGUUCGAUGGAAACGGAAGCCAGCACUUCGAAGGAACAAGAUGCAAUCAAUGCAGAUACAAAUUCAUUAGAAGCAAUUGAACAAAAAAUUAUUGCAUUAGCGCAAACAAGACCAAAAGGAAUAUCUGAUAAAGAUUUAACAGUUGAAAUACCAGAUUUACAACCUGCUCAAAAAGCUCAAAUAAUAAAUAAACUUUUAUCUCAGGGUCACUUUGAUCUAUUUAAGCAAGGUGGUUCCUUGUUAUACCGUUUGAAAGAUCCUUCUAAAGCAAAAAUAGCUAAAGGUGCAGACAAUGAAGAGAAGAUUGUAUAUUCAAUAAUUGAAGAGGCAGGAAACAAAGGAAUCUGGAUCCGUGAUAUAAGAUUCAAAUCCAAUCUAAUGCCAACUCAAUUGAAUAAAAUUCUGAAAAGCUUAGAAACUAAGAAAUUUAUUAAAGCUGUUAAGUCAGUUGCAGCAAGCAAGAAAAAAGUAUACAUGCUUUACAAUUUAGAACCAGACACAUCUGUGACUGGUGGUGCUUGGUAUCAAGAUCAGGAUUUUGAGGCAGAAUUUGUUGAUGUUCUUAAUCAACAAUGUUAUAGAUUUUUAGAAAAAAAGAGAGAACAAAUGAAUGCUUGUAGAGGUGGGCCAAUUAUGGCUAGAAAUGUUACAUUUGCUUCAUCCAAAGAAGUUUGGAAAUUUAUUUCUGAUUUAGGAAUAAGCAAGGUAAAGUUAUCAGUUGAAGACUUGGAAAUGAUAUUAAACACUUUAGUUUAUGAUGGUAAAGUAGAACGUACUCUUUCAGGUGAUGGUAACACUUUAUAUAGGGCAGUAGAACCUUUGUUAAAUCCACCUGGAUUAAUUAAAUCUACUUGUGGUGUUUGUCCCGUGAGGAAAAAUUGUUGUGAUGUUGGUGAUGUUACACCUACAAAGUGCCAGUACAUUACAGAAUGGUUAGAAUAA